CCCAGCAGCCCCAGCAGCAGCAGCAGCAGCAGGAGGAGGAGGAGGAGGGAAUUUGCCCUGACUGGCUUUCUUUGGGGAAUAUGUGCCCCCUUGAUUUAUAUCUGUAUGUAAAACCUAUACAAAGUAUCUGCCAGUAACAGGUCUCGAAAUUUUUUUUUCCCCUCCCACUCUGCUGUGUCAGAGGAACGCAGACAGAAGUACCUCUGUUUCGGGCUCCACGGCUGGAGGAGGAGUUUUCAUUCAGACUUUCUGAAGAGGUGGAGAUACUGAGAGACUCACCAGAAAAAGGUCCCCUGAGCCAGCCUGGGGAUUCAGCCCUUUCCUGCUCCUGUUCGCCAUGGACCUGCCUUCCUCUCCAAGCUUUUCAGAUGUGCCCUGAUGCCUACAUAACUGCAAGCCCUCCCUCCUCUUUACCACCAGAGUGCCACUCUCACUCAUCUCCAAAGAAUUCAAGAGCCAAGACAACAUGGAUGCCCCAAUAACAGACGAUUUCCCUCAGACCCUGCCCAUUGAGCAACUCUGCUCCAUUCAUGUCAGCAAUGAGUAUGUGGAACGGCCCGCCAUCUGCCAACAGACCCUCUCCAGCUCUUCCCUCGUCCAGCAGGCUCACAAGUCCGAUUGGUCCCUGUCUACCAUACCCUCCGAUCUGCCUCGAAGCCUCAGCCAAUGCCACCAGCUUCAGCUGUUGCCACAGCAUCUGAGCCAACCCAGCCUUGCCAGCUCCAUAUCCCAUACCACCAUCACCUCCGACCAAAGGCUUCUGACCAGCAUCACUCCGUCCCCCUCGGAUCACUCCCUUAUCUGUACCCAGCCUCAAGCCGGGGCUUUGAAAAUAGAAGAGUCUCAGAAAGCCACAGCAGAGAAGCUGGCCCUCCACACCGGCGGGCACCUCUUCAUCUGUGAAGAGUGCGGCCGUUGCAAGUGCAUCCGCUGCACGGCCACUCGCACCCUGCCCUCCUGCUGGCUCUGCAAGCAGCGCUGCCUCUGCUCCCCAGAGAGCCUUCUCGACUACAGCACAUGCCUCUGCUGUGUCAAGGGUAUCUUUUACCACUGUUCCACUGACGACGAAGACAACUGCGCCGACGAGCCCUGCUCCUGUGGGCCCGGCUCCUGCUGUGCCCGUUGGGCAGCCAUGAGCCUCCUGUCGCUGGUCAUGCCUUGCUUGUGCUUGUACCCUCCGGCCCGAGGAUGCCUCAAGUUGUGCCAGCAGGGCUACGAUGGCCUGCGGAGGCCAGGCUGCCGAUGCAAGAGCCACACCAACACCGUUUGCAGGAAGAUCUCCUCUUCCAGUGGAGCCGCCUUCCCCAGGGCCACAGAGAAGCCAGUGUAAAUGCCUUGCAGCCUCCCCCCAGCCCCUUCUCUCCCCCUCACCCUUCACUCUGUAGGAAGGAAGGGUGGGGGUCAGAGAAACCAACCAGCCGGAACUCAAGGGCUCGCCCCCAUCAAUCCUGCCAUGCCGCGGGGCCGGCCGAGUGCAUCUUGAGUCCAAGGCAGCUUAAACUUCCCUCAUUGGCUCUCUGCACCCCCCCACUCCUCCCUUUGCCUUCCCACCCGUCCCCCACUUACCUCUCAACUUUUUCUGCCCCAAAGCAAAAAAUAAAUUAAAAAUCAGAUGAUCCAAAGACAUGGGACUUGCACAUUGAAGACAAAUUGAGCCAGCUUCUGGCCAUCCACCCAUGGCCUCCUCAGCACUGUGUGGCAAAUGGGAGGCUCCCUGACCUGGCCUUCUUCCACACCAGACUCAUUUCCCCAGUGCCUUCGGGGGCUUUCUCCAAAGAGUAACAUGAGGCCACACAGCAAGCAUCCAGGGAGUACUUAAUUUCAGUUUUCUUUCUUCCCCCAUCUUUGUCCUUGCCCUUCUCAUUCCUUCUCUUCAUCAUCUCCACUCCAUUCUCAUUCCCAUCUCGCCCCAUCAUCUUCUCCUUGUUUUCUCAUCCUCUCCUUCCUCCCUUCUUCCUCCCUCAUCUCCUCCCUACUCUUUCUUUUCCUGCCCCUCCCUCAUUCUCUCUCCAGCCCCCCUUCUCCCACAUCCCCUUUCCCAUCUCUCAUCUCUCUGUUCCCUUAUUCCUUCACCUGCCUCCACCUCAUUCUUCAUUCCUUCCCAUUCCCUAAUCCUCUCCCUUACUCCACUUCAUCCCUCAUCUCUUGCCUUUUCUUUUCUCACCUUACUCUCCCUCAUUCCCACUUCAUACUUCAUCCCUCUCAUCCACAUUUCCUGCCCCAUCUCUCAUCCCCUUUUAGUUUCCUCCUCCCUCAGUCUCUCCCUGCUCCCUCAUCUCCUCCCUUACCCAACCUGCUUCCCCAUCCCCUCCCUCUUCCUUUAUCCUUUUCCCCUCAUCGACUUUUCCAUCCCCUUCCUCGUCCCACGUUUCCUCUGCCACCCGGUCCGAUGCCCUCCCCCUUCCUCCCCCGUCUCCUCAUCAUCUCCCUGUCCCCUUCCCCACCUCUUCCUCGUGUGUCCUUCUUUCCCACCUUUUUCUCUAGCACCUUCCGGAGUGGGGUUUUCCCAAACGCCUUCCCUCUGCUUUUAUCCCCUUGCUGUGUUAUUACCCAGUCUUACAAAAACAAGAAGAAGAAGAAGAAGGUUUCAUGUGAUAUAUUAACCGAUAAGCCUGCCUGAAACCCAGAUGUGUGAGUGUGUGUGUGUGUCUAUGCACCGCACCCACCACACCCACACAUCUCAAGGCAUAUGGGAUCAGGAUCAAGUAAUCCAGGCUGGGUCAGCUGGAGUCUUGUCCUUUUCCCCCCAGACUGGAUGGCCUUGGGCAGUAAAGGGCAGAACACAUAGCCCUUCCCUAGACAGCGAUAGCCCUAAGACUGCAUGAUUCCCGUUCCGUGGAUGUAAUUAUAAACCAUCGAACUUAGGGCUGGAAAAGAAUCGAAAGAAAUGCGACCCAUUUGACAGACGAUUAAACAGAUCCCCAGAAAGGGGACGCGGCAUGCCCAAGGCCACACGGGACAACUGUAAUAGAGCUGGGAUGAGGCCACGGGUCUCCGUUUUCCCAGAUCGGUGCUCUUUCCUGGCACCACAUCAGGUAUCUUCUCACCUGAUCCCCCACUAGCAGGGGCAAAAUAGAGCCUCCGCUCAUCUACUGUUCAGGAACCAGGAAGAAGUGAGUCUAAUGUCUGUUGGAUUCUUAGCCACUUAUGAAGUGUUAAGUGUCACUCACGGGCAGCCCUAUUGGCAGGGCCAAGGUUGCAGCUCAUCGGUACUGUAGCUUAGGAGGAGCUAGCAUCACCGUUUGCCCUUUUCACUGACCAAAGGUGGCCUGUUAGAAGAUUGAAAACAAGGACCCCAAAAGGAGACCUCGCUAUGUCAUCUCUCCUAUGGUUCCCCAGACUGAUUUUGCCUCCCACCCAUGCCCCACGGCCUCUGCAGAGGCGCCGGUCAACGCACGUGGGAGCCCGGAACCAAAUUCCAAGGAACAAGAAAAGUUGCAGCUUCGAAAGUCCCGGGUCCCAGGUAUGUAACAUAAGGUGUACCUCCCUCUUUCCUAAAUUGAACUCAGUACGUCCAGGCUGAACUUCCUUACUUGGGAGAGAGACUCUGCCUCUAUGAUUCUCCAAUUGGUCAAGCUUACCCAUUGUGGAAGAACUUCAGGGACAGGCUCCUAGUGAGAGCUACUGAGAGGAGAAAUUCUCCAAUGCUGUAGCUUUCCUGUCUUAAUGGACCUGAAGUUCACAACUGGAUUCUGAGGUGGUCACCUACUCCAAAAAGAGGAGCCCCAGCUUGGUUCGCUGCUUACGUGUUCCAUCCAUACAGCUCAUGUUCUCCAAAGCGGGUAUGCGGGUGUGUGUUUCAGAUGGGGGGAGGGGGGGCGGGGCGGCGCCUUAUGUCGCGUCCGAGAAGAAGAAGAGGGGAAAAUUCACACAUCUUGCAUGAAUGUCAAAGACAGGAGAUGACCCAAGAGCACUAACAUUAUCUGAACUGCAGGUCUUCUUGGGUCAGCUCGAAUCUUCUGGAUCCAACAGGCAUGUACUGCCCAGCAGUCCCGCCCAACUCACUUGCUCCUCUCUGUGGAGAAUUGCUUUGAUCUAUUUUUGUAUAUAGAAACAUACUGGUAUGAUGGUUAGAAUGAUUGCUUUAAUAAUAUUAAUGAUAUUACUGUGAAUGGUGCCAUAUGCAAAGGUUUGCCUUCGUACAGAUAUGAACCCAAACAAGUAUCUAUAGCCUUCUCUGUUGCUUUUUAAUUCCUCCUUUGGAAGCCACUUGUUAUUCUCCUGAGCGUGCUUCGGAUCGACCUUCCACUAAAAGCUAGGACCAGCUCUCUGGAGCACAGAGUGUAGGGAGGAAAAGCUCCUCCUUUAUCUCUACUUUAAGCGUGCCUAGAGCUGAACUAUAUCAAGAUUUGUGGAUACUUGUGCAUUGUGCCUAAAGCUAAAGCUAUUCUAUGGGUGUUUGCUUAUUACUCCCAAAUCCUGUGCUGACAAUAGCCUUUUCCCUUAACUCCCUUUGACAUCCAUGAGUCCUCAUCCUGUAAUCUUCAUUAAGGCCAAUUGUUUCCCCCCCCCCAGUCACCAGCAAUGGGUCCCCCAACUCUGUCAUAUAACCAGAGAGUCCUUUCUCUUGGUGGACUUCAGAAUGGUCUAACACCAGCCUCCAGGAAGCUGAGAGGUUCCCAGAAUUCACUCUGCUGAUAAAGCAGGGCUUCCGUUUGGCUCCAGGUUGACUGGAUUUGAGCAGCAUCGGGUUCACCAUAGAUAGGUUCAGUGGGGAUUCUUGUGUGUGUGUAUAUAUCCUUCCCAUUAUGUACAGACAUGUAUCCAUAUCCAUAUAUAUGUAGAUAUAUGUGUGUAUGUGUAUAUACACACAUGUAUAUUUAAAAAACAAAAUUCUAAAUCCUUCAGGAAAGCUUGGUUUUCAUGAUGUUUCUACUUUGUGUCAUGUAUAGUAUAAACAGCCACCUUUAAUGAGUAUUUCUUGAUUCUAUCUAUGUAUAUAUCUAUCUAUGUAUAUAUAUCUAUAUAUAUAUUCUGUGUGUAUAUAUAUACACAUAUAUGCAAUCAGGCCAUUUUUUGACCUCUUACUCUCCUUGCUUUCUCCAUGUUGGUCCCUCGAUAUGGUUCACGUCAUUUGUGCUAAGGGUUUUCUUCAGGUUUUCCACACUAGCAUAGCUUUAGGAGUCUAGAAGAAGCCCUGGUACGGUGACAAAGCCAUAUGAACGACUCUCCCUUCUGCCAAUUCAGAUCUCCCUUCGCCCCAGACCACCAGGGAAAAGAGGACAUAGUCUAUUUAUUUGGGCAUAGAUAUACUCUAUCAUCUGGAAUUAAGCCCCAAGUCUCAGCCAAUCUUUCAUGAUUCUCUGAGUUUUCUAGGAUGUUAGCAGUACCAGCUCGUGCUACCCCUGCUCCCUCCCAAAGCAUGCCUGCCAUUAGCAGCAUGAUUUCAGAGUCUUUAUGGCAGAAGAAAACCUUACCCAUGUCACGGAUGGUUCCUAUAUUCUUUGUGGUGACUGUGUGGCAAUUAAAUCUGAUCACUGAAUCACUGGGAUAGCAAAGUAGCGUCUCUGUCGAACAGGAAACAGAAAAGGCCAGAAUGCCCUGUUCCCAUUCCAAUGAUCCAGGAUGCCCUGAACCAAUGGAAAAGGAGGGAUAAUAGCGCGGACAGGGAAGGAAAGAGUCCGGUCUGCCUCUGGCGACGAAGUUCGGGAGUACCUGAUGAUGACUGAUCCAGGUGUUAGUUAACCUGGCCAGCACUUUUAAGCUGGAUGCCGCUGGGGUUUAGCUAGUGUGAUCCCAUGGAAGUGCCUGGCACCCUCUUGUUUUUGUUUAGUGUCUAACCUUUUACAUUCUUCCCUCUUCCAUCUGGCAGGGUAUCCCUCUGUGGAUAUCCCUGAAAAGGUCUUAGCUGAUUGCGGAAGUUCUGACUGCUGGAACACAGCUGCUCAGGGUAGGAUUGAAAUGGUAACUUCAUCACCUGGGCCUAGACUGAGGUCAAAGCCUGAACAGGGAGGGGAAAAAGCCUGCAGAGCUUGGGAGAAGGCUUUGAGAGCGUUGCAGAGCCAGGAUGAGUUAUCAUUUUCAAUCCUUCAGAAAGCUAUCUUUUAGCUUGUCGAUGAAGUUAGCCGAGGGCAGUUUGGAGACUUGCAAGUGUUCCCAGCAUCAUAAGCCUGUGUGAUUCCAAGCUUUCUUUUACUCCAUGCCCUUCAUUAUAGAGCAGAAUGGCCAACAGGUGUGUGGAGCACAGACUACCCACUGAGGGCCUCUGAAGACUAUUAGAACUGAAGAUCAUUUAGUCCAGGUCCCUCCUUUUAGAGGAUGGGAAGCUAAGGCCCUGGGGGGUUGGAGGACUUGCCUAAUUUCCCAUGAUUUCAACCAACAAGGACUUCUUGAGACCCCUUCAGUGCCCAGCACUGUAUAAUGCCUAUCAAUCUAGACUGUGCUAUCACUGUACUAUCCUUUUCCUGCUUUUUGCAGGAAAGAAUUUGGUGACUCUGAUUAACUGGUGCUAAACAUACAAAUGAAAAUGAAUUUGUUCUUGCAAUCCAAGGACUAACCAAGUCUGAAAAGACCAUUCUUCAGAGGAAACAAAAACAGUUAUUACUUUGGCUAGCUUUUAGAAAAGUGUGUCUGCAUGCGCACACACACACACACACAUUUAUUAACUCAUGUUUUUAGGCUACGUCCACAUGCAAUCAAAACAAUUGGUCAAUGAAGUCAAGCCAACGAUUAAAUAGUCAAAGCGAUUUGGGUAUUGUGAGGACCCAACAACUUGUUGAUUACCUUGAGUUUUCCCAUUUCAUGCCAUUGUUGUGGCAUAUCUCCAUUCCCACUUCAUCGAGUAAGAACCUGGUACAUUUGUAAUUUAACUUUGAAGAGGCACAUCGAUUUUGUGUCGGCAUUAAGUUAAAGCAUCUUGACAAAACCUCCCAAAGUCAAUGGCCUGCAUGCGUUGUCCAGCUAAUGUCAAAUUUAAAUAAUUGGCAGAAUUAUUUCAUUCUUUGUCCAGAGAGGUCAACAUGUGAAAGCAGGACCAUUGAGGCUCUGGGAAAAUUUUAAACCAAGGUUCCAAUUUCUGUUGGUCUUUGUAGGGAGUGAGCAAAGAAGAAUCCUAAAAUCUAUUCCAUUUGAAGAAUGAAGCCCAAAAUAAAUUAUCCUCAUUGAAUCUCCAUGGGUCAAGCAGUCCACGUAGACUUUUCUACUUUUCCAAUUUCUUUUGGGAUUAACUUCUAAUAUCGUAUAGACUUCCCCAUGGGGACACGUUCCUUCUAGAGUGAUCAGAAAAAAAAAAAUCCUAUGUUGAUGUUGGGAUUGCUGUGUUGUGACUUCUUUUGUGAUAAAAAUAGUAUUGGACUGGGAGUCAUAAGACCCAAGUUCCAGGCCCAGCUCUGCUCCCAACUGGAUAUGUGAACAUCAUUUAACACCCUUAAAUGACCUCAUCUGAUCUGUAAACUUUGGAUAGUAAUGCUUGCCCUUCCUCAUAAGAAUGAACUGAGAGAGUGGUUGGGAAAGUGCUUUGAAAACUGUUGUGCCAUAGAAAUAGGAUUCUUCUGGUGUUUUGAUGUUAAUUCACGCGAGGUCAAAGGAUGACUCAAUUGGGGUCAGUCAUUCAUCCUCUGGCAUGUUAUAGAUACAGAUACAGAUAAAGGAACUGAGACCCAUGGAGGUCAAAUGACUUCCCGAGGUUCAUCCAAGUAGUAAGUGAUGAAGAUAGGAUUCAAAUCCAGCUCCUGAGUUUCCAAAUCCAGUUCUUGCUCAUUUCACUAAGGCCUGUAUGACUCCCCAAUGUCUGGUUGAAAAGUGAAAAUCAGUCAUUUCCCAAGAUAUUGUGGAACAUUUGAAAGAUCAACGUGAACCCCAACCAUCCAGACUGAUUGAGCUUUGGAGUGGCUUUGCUUUAGUGAUACAUAGAGAGGAUGGAGUUUGGAACUUGAAAGAGGUUUUUGGACUUCAUGAGUCCUGAACCAAGUGCACUCAUUGCCCUGAGGAAUGACUCUAGCCAUGGAGCCUAAAAUUUGUGUGCACAUAUGGACCCCAACCUCCACUCACUGACUAGAAAGAAAAUGAUAUUUGUAAUUCAUGCAGUAUCCAGCAUUGUCCACAACCUUAAGUUGUUCCUAAAUGCUAAAGAACUGGGAAAUGUUUGGAAACCCUCAUUCCUGGCCAAUGUAUUCUGCAAUUUCAUUCUUAUUUUUUGGGACUUCUGGAUUUCCUUGAAUGGCCCAUUUCCUUUCUCCCCCUCCCCAAGCAUUCAGAGGGUUGCCAUUGUUUCCUUGGUACAAAUGGCGUUCCAAAAAGUGUAUACAAUGGUCUUUAAUUCUUGGUCUUGUUUUAAGGUAUGAUAUGUAUUUGUAGUCUAUCACUCGUUUUGUCAAUGCUCUUUACCAUUCAUAUACAUUUAUUUUCAAAGUUCAUUGUAAAGAAAAAAAAUCUUUAUUUUCAAAAGCACCAUUUUGUGCAAUCUCUUUGCAAUGCUUAAAAAAAUGUCUGAACUAAAUAAUCCUAUAGGUGGUGUGACACAACACUAACAACAGCUAUUCAAUAAAGUUUUAUAUAUAUAUAUAUUUGCAUACUAUACAUAUGCAUAAUAUAUAUGUAUACAUAUACCACCACAA